GUACAGAGCCUCGAGUAGCAAUGCGCAGCCCAGUAUGGCCAAUAUGACAUACGCGACAUCUUCUCCGGCUGCCACUACUGGUGGGCAAGGCAAUAAUCCUGUAAGUUACUGAAACGAUCUUAUCAUCGGAGGACGAUGGUUUUUAUCGAGCUACGCUGGUUUUGUUGCUUUUUCCUUCUUGCUUUGGGGUGAAAUUUUUGGUGUUCAUGGUGACCCUUAAUUUCCUGGGUUUCUUUUUCUGUGCCAAUCCAAUCUGCUGUUAUCAGCAGCCGCUGGGGGCUUGGCGCCGCACCACCUGCUCCUUAUCGCGCCAGCCCAUCAAAUCUCUCCCGAUCUUAUCAACCCAGCGCUCUUCCUCCUCCAUCCACUAUCAGUCCGCUUCCCCAUCUUCUGUCUUUCCCUCCCUUCUCCUUCGCGCAAUCCUACUGUUCCAAAAACAAUGGCGACCACGUUGGCUGAUCACAAACGUCCUCAAUUACAGCCUGUGUGCCAGAAUUGCGGCACUUCUACGACACCUCUCUGGCGCAGAGAUGAACUCGGCUCCGUCCUUUGCAACGCUUGUGGCUUGUUCCUCAAACUACAUGGCAGGCCCCGUCCGAUAAGCUUAAAGACCGAUGUUAUCAAGAGUCGCAACCGGGUCAAGACUGCUGGUCAGGGCCCCAAGCGUAAGUCCGGCGGUGCUAUCGAUACAAAUGGCUUGUCUACCUCAAGGUCCGAAGCAGGGACGCCGCCCAUGGGGUCCCAAGGAUACCGUCGCGCGUCGCGGAAGGCAUCACCGGGCCAUUCCGACCGAUCCAACUCACCCGUCUCCCGAACCGAAACGCCUGGUAUCCCUUCCAUGCAACAACCACACCCGCAGUCGCAACACAAUGCCAACAUUGCGCCCCAGCACAUGUUCGACAGUGUCACAAUCGGCGACCAUGGUCUUAAUCAGCCGAAUGCGCUACCCUCGGUGCAGCCGCGCCAGCCCUCGCCCACGGCAACCUCGGCGGCUGUGGACCGCCAUCUCGAGUCACCACAGACCUACGAUGGACUGCUCGCAGCCAAUACCUCUUUGAAGACUCGCGUGAGCGAAUUGGAGUUUAUCAAUGAACUCUUCCGGGGCCGGGUGACGGAACUGGAGCAGAGCGGCGCGACUGCGCGCCGAUCGGAGAUGAUCGUCCGGGACUCCGAGGUACGACUUCGGCGGUCUCUGGAGGAGGCCCAACGGCGCGAAGACGAUCUGAAACGGCGGAUAUCUGAGCUGGAGCGACAGCUUAGCGAACAGACCUCCUCUGCCAACCCGGCGGGCAAUGACAGUCCCGGCGAGCCGCUGGCCAAGCGGAUGCGGCUGUCCGACGUCGUGGAGCAACCUGCGGAAUCGCCGACAAAAUCCCCCAAGAGUGUCUAAGGCCUCACGCGAGGGGGGGCUUUGUUCGGACGAUGGACGCGCAUACGUGCGUCGGGCAGCACCGACGUAAACAAAUGCGCACACAGUCUGCGGUGCUGCGUUCUCUGAUCUUCCCCGGUCUCUUUGAUACCCUUUACGAGUCUUGUCAUUGGCUGGCUGUAUAUCGGAUUAACUACCUAAUUAUAUCACACAACCUUCUUUUCGAGCCACCUUCCCCCAUUCUCUUCUUCUACUCAUCCUAUUUGUUCCGAUAUGAGUCGGGGAGAGAUUAUUCUGCGCCUGCACCAACCCCCUCAUCCCAGCCCGACCGCACAAAAAACCCCUCAGAAAGAGAAAAAAAAG